GUGCAUUUAUGAGUAUUUUCUUGCGCCGCGUAGACGCUAGAUAAUGCUUCUUGCAUUAAAAAAUUUACUAGACGCUAACUUAGUACGAACCGAAUUGCGUUAGAAGUCGGAUGGUUAUUUAAAAAAAAAAAAAAACAGAAAUACAUAGUACCAAGAACAAAAGUACAUACGAGUAUAUUAGAACGCGCGCAAUGUUUAGAAGAAUCACAUUGUUGCUGUGCUAUUUGUUGAGCCUCUUACUGCUCAUUAGCGCCUUAUCAAAGGCAAAUCAAGCUAGCAGCAGCACCUCUCAGCUGCCUACACAACAGCAUGAAAUAUCUGCCGAAUUGAAUACGCCUGGACGUCCACUCGCUAAACACGAAGAUGACAGCGGGUAUAACAACAUUAUUAGCAAUGAAAAUAGCAACAGCAAAUUGAGUGGACGUGACAGAUUACUUUUCUAUACGCUUCAUCACUUUGCGGUGCUCUCGAACUUUACUGUCCAGCAUGGCACUGAAGUUUUGCAAAAAGUUCUAAAAGAAGCAGCUACACUCAAUGAGUCCACAGAUGCUUUGAGAUCACACCUGCUUAGUUUUGCGGAUUAUAUAGCACGUGCCGAACAACUAAACGAAAAACCGGCCGAUGAAGUGAAGGUGGGCGAACUAUACGACAUGGUCGUACAAUUUACAGAGCUGGUGGACCGAUACAAUACAACCGCGGUGGAGAAUGCCUCCACUGAGACUUUGUAUUUAGAAAUAUCGUUGAAGCAGAAUGGAUUAGAUAAGCUACACGUGGAUUUCUUACAACACUUUCUCGAUUUCGUCGAUGGGUUCAGCGCUCGAAUGGAUAAUUAUUUGAAAAGUUUGAGGCCCGAGCAACGGUUGAACGAGCGAAAAAUGAUGGAGUGGUAUCGUAAGCUUAAUGAUGAAACGGACGCGGAGAAGAAAGUGGAAAUAUUCUCCAAGUUUUUUACACUAUACGCAUGAAAAUGUGCGAUAAAAUAUUGAAUUGUAAAAUAAAAAUUAUGCAUGCAUGUAUAAAUAUUUAUUUAUCGCCACAGUGUAAAUAAUAUUUAUGUAUAUCUAUGUAUUUAGAAAAGUGUAUGCAAAUUAUAGAACUUAAUUUGUUGUGCUAGUUAAAGAAAUAAAUCCAAAACGCAUGUACAGGAAGAACUUAUGAGAAUAAAAAAAAAAUUAUUAUGUAAAUAAAACAAGUAAAAAAGUCUACACAAGUUCGGGCGAAGAAAAUAGCACUUCCCAUCUUAUUAUAUAUUUAAAUAGAUGUAUUUUGUCAAUUACAACUAUAAAAGCUCAACAAAAAAUUCUUUUGUUAGUACACUAAUUGCUCUAAGCAUCAUGCCAUCACAAAUGGAUGUUUCUUUUUGAAGACUUUCCUGGCAGAAAUACCCUUAGGGGUUUACCGAGCACCGACUGCUAUUCGAAAAAAAAGCUUUUGUUUCUUGGUCGAAACAGGAAUCGUACCUGGGUAGGUGGAACUACCACUGAUUUACUGAUAACAUUCGAUUAAUUUAUAUGGGAACACUUUUC